GUAUAAAUAGCAGCCACCACUCCCUGGCAGGCAGGGACCCGCAGCUCAGCUACAGCACAGAUCAGUUAUCCUGGGGCAUACAGCCAUACCAUUCUGAAGGUGUCUUAUCUCCUCUGAUCUAGAGAGCACCAUGAAGCUUCUCACGGGCCUGGUUUUUUGCUCCUUGGUCCUGAGUGUCAGCAGCCGAAGCUUGUUUUCGUUCCUUGGCGAGGCUUUUGAUGGGGCUCGGGACAUGUGGAGAGCCUACUCUGACAUGAGAGAAGCCAAUUACAUCGGCUCAGACAAAUACUUCCAUGCUCGGGGGAAUUAUGAUGCUGCCAAAAGGGGACCUGGGGGUGCCUGGGCUGCAGAAGUGAUCAGCAAUGCCAGAGAGAAUAUCCAGAGACUCACGGGCCAUGGUGCAGAGGACUCGCUGGCCGAUCAGGCUGCCAAUAAAUGGGGCAGGAGUGGCAGAGACCCCAAUCACUUCCGACCUGCUGGCCUGCCUGAGAAAUACUGAGCUUCCUCUUCACUCUGCUCUCAGGAGACCUGGCUGUGAGGCCCUCGGGGCAGGGACACAAAGUUAGUGAGGUCUGUGUCCAGAGAAGCUGAGAUAUGGCAUAUAAUAGGCAUCUAAUAAAUGCUUAAGAGGUGGAA